GUGCAAUACACAGUUGAGGCCGGAGAGGCAAGACAAUCGAUACAAAGUGAUAUAKAAGAUCAUUUACGCAUUUUGGUCCAAAGAAAUUCAUGAACCCGAGAACGACAAGAUUUCUUCUGUUCCUCUUCACCCAUCGCAACUCGGCCCUCGGAAUCCGAAGCCAAAGCAGCUGCAGUCCAGGAGACUUGGGCAUUCCAUUUCCAUCACCCGGAAUCAAAAGCAUCACCCGCAACGCAACAAAGAGAAACUUCACUUCGCCAAACAGUGCURCCAUGUCGUCGUCCUCUGAGAACAACGAAAGCACCGACUUUUCGAAACGGGCSGAACAGAAAUGGAGCCGGGCCGCCAAUUCGUACGUGCGGUAUUUCGAGCCGAUGACCGUGACCGCGGGGCGCUUCCUCCUGAGCCUCCUCAAGCUGCGGUUUCGGGAAAAACCGCUCCGGGUCCUAGAGGCMGGGUGCGGCGCCGGUGGGCUCGCGAGGGAGCUGCUCCUGGACGCGGGGWCGUCGACGUCGACCCUUUCGGUUUCGGAGCUGGUGCUGACGGAUCUCUCCGAGGGAAUGCUGGAGCGGGCGAGGGAGGCCCUGUCCGGGAUUUCCUAUUCCAAAGAGCGCGCCAUCCGUGUCUCGCUGCGGCGGGCCGAUUUUAUGGGCUUUKACCCCGAGGCAUUCCCCGACGGGCACUUUGACCGGUAUUUCUCGAAUCUCUGCCUGCACUACGCCGAGGACCCCGAUGCGGUGAUCACCGAGGCAGCGAGGGUGCUGGAAUCGGAGGGGAUUGCCGGAUUCACCGUCUGGGGGCGMAAAGCGGACAGCCCCGUCAUGACCAUUGUUCCGGACAUUAUGGAGCGCUUCCAAAAGACGACCGCAGCCAAGGUGGAGCAGCUGCAGCAGCGUCCCAAGCGGAGCUCCUUUCACAUGGGAGAGGACGACCACGCCCUGCGGCAACGCAUUCUUGCCGGUGGAUUUUCCAAGUGCACUAUAGUMCACUACCCCGCGGUCCUGGAAUCCCUGGAUCCGGCGGAUUACGCCGAGGCCAUUCUGGACGGGGCACCCUCCACCAAGAAGGAACUGGAGGAAGACUACUCCCCUGGGGACCAGCAAGUCAUCCGCCGCAUGGUCCGCGAGCGGGCCGAGGAACUUCUUGCGGGGGGCGAGCCGCUGAUAUUGGACAUGGCCAUGGUAGUGGCACAGAAAUAGUAGAGGCAACCAACCACACCAAAACGAAACCAAAAACUCGGUUAGAAAGCUAGUCCCUGUGUCGUGGGCCACAGUAUCAAAUGAAUCGUUUUCAUUGAUACAACACGAAUAGAGAUACCAAGACAAAAGAACCUGCCUACCGACCAWUACUACAUUGUUAUCAUGCGUUAUGCGUUGUACACCGAACGAAUACUUGUAGUACUAGUACUACUACUAGUAGUACUACGAUUUUUCAUCAAAAAAGGACGAACAUUUCUGGGGGAUUCCACGACAGAGCCGAUCUCGUUAUCAGUUUUCCUCAAUACAAGGGAUAUGGCUUCAAUUGUAGAUACUACAAACAUUCUAGAACGCAAUUUGCUCAGUGCCUUGGAUUGAAACCACAAGGACAUUCCCCAUUCCCGUUGCCCGGCAAAUAGUAGUGACUAACUCAAUCCAUUCCCGUUUUAAAGGUUCCACGUUUGAAAAUAGAAAACGGUAGAUUUGGGGGAAAAAAUAAACGUAAUCGAUAAUCGACACCAGGGGUCAAAUCGACACAUCAUCGAGUACGUACUCGUAGUACGAUACCGUACGGCAGUACGGUAGGUUUCUUCCUUUGCUUCAACUCUCGAAUUGAACCGAGACUCGAAAAGCUUCCACCUCAACUACGAUACAGCGGGAGACGACAACGAUGGUGCUCCAUCUGACUUGACACUCCGAAUUCAAUUUCUCGAAGCAUACAAAUCUCAUCCCCGUCGUAUAGCGAUUGCGAUAGUCAACGAUCAGACCAUGGUGCCUUCUCGGAUACUCGCACGAUGGAUAUUGUCAUCAAUACUAGUGGUUGCACAUCUCGGCAUUGCYCUGGCGUGGGUACCACCGUCCCGACCCACAAUCCGAACGGCGUCGACAAAGUGUUCCGCCCUCGGUGGUGACAACAAMGGUCAUGAAGAACGAGAGUCAGCGCAAAAGGGCCGGAGGGAGAUACUUACCGAGUGGGUGGCGGGUACAGCGAUGGCAGCCGCAGCUUCCACCAGCGUGGGGCUCCCCGCCUUUGCCGAAGGCGGAGACCAACCACUAMCCCCCGUCGAGGUGACGCCUCUCUCGCCCGAUGCCAAGAAACUUUUYAACGAGGGCCGUGCACUGGAGUCGCAGGGCAACAUGAUCGCCGCACAGCGGCUGUACGGAAAGGUCGUCAAGAUCUCCCCCCGCUUCAUCUACGGAUGGUCGAACCUGGGCAACACAGAGGUUGCCCUGGGAGACCUUUCCUCGGCCGACGACAACUACUCCAGGGCCAUCGAGCUUUGCCAGGAAUCCUCGGCCGAGGCCGCGGCCCAGGGCUUUGGAAUCAAAAAGUGCAACGACCUGUACGUCCUGCUGCUCAACCGGGGCUCCGUCCGGCUCAACACCCCCGGCCGCAAGGUGGAGGCCCUCCAAGACCUGCGGCAGGCCAACAACCUCCGGGAGCGCCCCGACGCGGUGAUCCUGCAAAACCUAGCCCGGGCGGAGGAGCUGAAUGGCUUCUAUACCAUGGCCGACAAGAACUACAAUCUCGCUAUUUCCAUGACGGCCAACGAGGUAAACCCCUUCUGGCUGCGGUCGGCCAUGGUAAAGCUGCAGCUGGGAGACCUGCAGGGCGGGAGGGAUUUGCUCAAGCGUGUCGAGAACCGAUUUCCGGACGCCCCGGAGGUCAAGGCGGCCUCGGCCACCUUUUUGUGGGAAAUGGCGCGGCCCCAGCAGGCCAAUCCGGCGAGUGCCCUCCUGGGGGCAWCCUCCUCGCCGUCGAMCAACAACAAAAACGCUCCGGACGAUGCUCCCGCUGCCGCAAAGCCCUCCCCMGAGGACUACAAGGUGGACGCCCAGCGCAAGUUUCUGGAAAUUCCCGACCGCCAACGGCUGAGGUUCGUCGACCCCAAGUACCUCGACGACACCAUUGCCUGGCCACCGAUAAUGAAGGAGGGGGUGACAUCGAUUGCCCGGAACGUUGGGGACUACAAGCGAGUGGAAGCCGCGGCACCGGUGCCGCAAUGAACGAACAAACUACCAAUUGAGCGGCGAAGACAAUCAAWGGAWCCGGUACAGCACCAACAGCGAAACKAGGCAAAUCAUGCAAGUGGAAAUCUAGUGUAUUGAACAUAGGUGCCAUUCUAAAGCAUUGACGAGGCAAUGAAACAUACCUGUAGCAUUAGCACGCUUUGUCGAGGAAUCACUUUGUGCGCAUUGAUGUUCGUUUCCAACUCAUAAUGUAAUCAUUAUCCUUAGUAGCAAUAGUUCUGUUCCUUAGAAAUGGUGUGAUAUUCCAAUAUGCCAUGUAUAGUUUCUAUGUGUUSUUCAAUUCAAUCACGGGACAAGACCAAUACAGGAAUUCCAAUCAGGGAUAAGAAAAUGGCAACAAGAACAUGCUGACGAAAGGAAGUAAUUCCAUCGCAACCAUAGAAUCAAUUGUGUGCAUUUAA